AUGCCGUUUGUUGGGGUCAGCGGGAGGCUGCUCCGGAUCCAGUGGGACGGGCGGGUGCUUUCCCCUCCCGCCGUCGGCGCGGUCCGACUGACGGAGCGGGGCUCCCCUCGCGUUUCAGCCCAGCAGGCUCACAAGGUGGCCGCGAGCUACAAACCCUCGAAGUUUGACAGAAAAAUCCUCCUGUGGACCGGGCGUUUCAAGGCGGAAGAAGAGAUUCCCCCGCGGAUCCCGCCGGAGAUGCUAGACAGGGCAAGAAACAAAGCUCGAGUUAAAGCUUGUUACAUCAUGAUCGGACUCUCCGUUGUUGCCUGUUUUGCAGUGAUUGCCUCGGCUAAAAAGGCUGCUGCACGCCACGAGUCCUUAACAAGCUGGAACCUGGCGAAGAAGGCCAAGUGGCGGGAAGAGGCCGCGCUGGCAGCGGAGUCGAAGACAAAGUAA